AUGAUCGUCAGGAGCCUCCUGUUGGCCGGCAGCCUGCUGCUAGCCAGCGUCGUGCCGGCCGCCCAUGCAAAGUCCGACGGACCCGAGAUAAAAGUCAAGGAGUUCGACAAAGUGCCUACAAACCCUUACUACUUCGAAGACACAGACACCGUCAUGCUGUCUGGCCACAUGGCUGAACUCUUCAUCUCGACAGACGCCGCGUCCACAUGGGAACCUCUCAAGGAUAAAGAUGGCCUGCUUUUCCCUAACAGGUAUCAUUCACAGAGUGCCGUUAUUUACGGGCCCAAUCGCAAACACUGGGCUACCUUCGAUGCGGCAAAGACAUGGCGAGAGUUCGAGGUGCCGGAGAAACUCAUCUUUUCGAACGAGGGACCAAGGCCGUUCACUUUCCAUGGCAAGGAUCCCAAUAAGGUUAUCAUCAAUGCAGAGGAGUGUCUUAUUUCUCUCUGUCGUAGGGUGACGUACUAUACCACAGAUGGCUUCAAGACCAUCAAGAAGCUACUUAAGAAUGAUAUGGGGUGUUACUGGGCCGUGGGGACCCCGGUCUUUGCUGAAGGCCAGAAGGAUCUGCCGGAGAAGCUUGAUGAUCGUAUAUUCUGUAUCUGGGCACAUAUAACCCCAUUUGACCGCACACGCCGCCUGAUUUACUCGGAUACAUACUUUAGCGAUGACAAGUUCAGGGCUGUGGAGAUUGGCGGCAGAGAGAUCAAGGGCGUCAAUAAUAUAGCACUUAUCAAGAAGUACCUUGUCCUGGCUGCCUCCUCAGAAGGUACGUCGGAAGCUGCUAUAUACGUCAGUAAGGAUGCUGUCAAUUGGGGCCGUGCGGAGUUCUACGGUGGCCCCAAGAUCCGCGGAGGGUCGUUCACUGUCCUCGAGUCUACAAACUACAGUAUCCAGGUCAACGCUGCCUCGCGACGAUCUAGACGGCCCAUCGGAAGCUUGUUCACCUCAGACUCCGCCGGUACCUCGUUCACCAUGAAUGUCGACGGAGUCAAUGAGGAUGAAAAAAUGUAUACCGACUUCGAACAGGUCUCCGGCAUCCAGGGCAUAUUCCUAAUUAACCUGGUCGACAACGCUGCAGACGUUAAGAGCGGACAAUCCUCAGAGAAGAAGAUAGUCAGUCGGAUCUCCUUUGACGAUGGCAGGACCUUCAAGCCCUUAAAGUGCGGUGACAAGGACCUUCAUCUCCAUUCGAUCACCCGUCCAUCAAACAUGGGUAGAAUAUUUUCAAGUCCGGCGCCCGGUUUGAUCAUGGGAGUCGGAAAUACUGGAGACAAACUCAAGGAGUACGAAAAUGGCAACCUCUAUGUCUCUAACGAUGCCGGCGUCACAUGGCGCAAAGCCCUGGAUAAAUCUCACAAGUACGAGUUUGGUGAUCAGGGUUCUUUGCUCGUAGCCAUCGCCGAUGACGGGAAAGAUGAGCUAUUAACAGACGAAAUCUCCUACUCACUCAACCACGGCAAGGACUGGAAGAAGGCCAAGCUGCCUCACAAAGCCGCCGCCAUAUGGCUCACAACAACACCUGACUCUACCUCUCUCCAAUUCCUGCUGAUUGCACAGGGCAAGGGCAAAUCCUACGCCAUGUCCAUCGACUUUAGUAACGUUCACGAACGUAAGUGCGAGGAGAAGGACUUUGAGCGCUGGCCUGCUAGGCUGGAUGAAAAGGGUGAGCCUGACUGUCUCAUGGGCCACAAGCAGUUCUACAGACGAAGAAAGGCCGACGCAGACUGCUUCGUCAAGGAAAAGUUCAAGGAACCUGUACCUGAGACCGAGGCUUGCAAGUGCACCAAGGAAGAUUUCGAGUGUUCUGCUGGCUUCAGGCGCAAUAAGGACUAUGACUGUGAGCCCGACGGCAAGCUGAAGCCCGCUGAUGGAAAGUGCAAGAACCCCGAUGACAAGUUUAUGGGGCCGUCUGGAUACCGCAUGAUUCCCGGAGACGACUGUAUCAAGAAGGGAGGUGUUGACCUUGAAAAGGAAGUUGAGCGACCGUGUAAGGAUGUCACCAAGGCUCCAGCCAGCGGCCAGAUCGCCGUCGAAAAAACUACCUUCGAGACAAAGAAUCUCAAUUACCGCUACCUCGAACGCAGUGACACCAGCUCCGGAGACGACGAGACCGUAAUCUUGAGAACAGAUGAUGGGAACCUCUUCGUGACCAGAGACCAUGGUAAAACAUGGCAGCGCGGCAAAUUCCAAGAACCCAUUCUCCAAUACAUACCUCACAAAUACGACCACGAUGUCGUCUACCUUCUCACUCAAGGCAAGAAGGCAUACUGGAGUAUCGAUCGAGCUCACUCAUUCCAUUCGUUCGAAGGAAAGCUGCCUGUUACUAGAACCAAAGGCACGCUACCGUUAUUUUUCCAUCCCGACCACCCAGAUUGGUUAAUCUGGAUCGGCGGGGAGAAUUGCAAUGGCCAGAAAUGCACAGAUUUGGCCUAUUACUCAAAGAACCGCGGAGAUGAGUGGGACCUUCUCCUUCGUGGUGUGGGCAAAUGCAUGUUCGCCGGCAAGAAGGACGAACUUACCGCUGACGAUCUGAUAUUCUGCUCUCAGCAUGAGCACGAGGAUCCCAGAAAGAACCUCCGCCUUGUAUCCAGUGUAGACCAGUUCGCCAAGACCACGUCUAUCCAUUUUGACGGCAAGCCGAUUGUGGGAUACGCAAAGAUGUCCGAGUUCAUCGUCGCUGCUACCAAAAACGGCACGGAGCUUCAGUCAUUCACCAGCGUUGACGGCAAGACUUUUGCGCAUGCUGCUUUCCCGCCGAACUAUCACGUUGGCGCAGAAUACGCGUAUACCGUCCUGGAUAGCUCGACUCACUCCAUCUUCCUGCACGUUACUGAUCAUUCUGCCCAAAACAAUGAGUUUGGUAGCAUCCUAAAGAGUAAUAGCAACGGGACAUCUUACGUUAUGAGUUUGCGUGACGCCAACCGAAACAAAGCAGAUUACGUUGACUUUGAAAAGAUCCAAGUCGUCGAAGGCGUUGCGAUGGCGAACAUAGUUGCUAAUGCCGACGAGGUGAGGCAUAAGGGUCAGGACAAGAAGUUUAGGUCCAUGAUUUCGCACAAUGAUGCAUCUGAAUGGGCGCUUAUGCCUCCUCCCAAGAAAGAUGUCGAGGGACACAGCUUCGACUGUAAAGUCAAGGACAAAGGAACGGAAGAGUGCGCCUUGCAUAUCCACGGCUAUACUGAGCGACGCGAUAGUCGAGACUCAAUGUCUUCUGGCUCUGCCGUUGGACUGAUCAUAGGUGUUGGAAAUGUAGGCCCGUACCUAACCACCAGGGCCGAGAGUGAUACCUUCAUGAGUCGUGAUGCGGGUAUUACCUGGCACCAAGUCAGAAAGGGCCGCUACCAGUGGGAAUUCGGUGACCAGGGAUCCAUCGUCGUCAUUGUGGCGGAAGAGAAGCCAACCAAGGUCCUCUCGUACUCCCUUGAUGAGGGUGAGACCUGGACUGAUUUCGAGUUCACCGAUAAGGAGGUAAAGGUUGAAGAUAUCUCUACCGUCCCAUCAGAUACGUCGAGAAACUUCCUGCUUUGGGCCCGGGGCGGCUCCCCAGGCGAGCUUAUUGCGUAUAACGUCGAUUUCACAGGUCUCAAAGAGAGAGAGAAGCAGUGUGUGCUUAAGAAAGAGUCGCCGGAAGCCGAUGACUAUUAUCUUUGGUCUCCCAAACAUCCUCAACAGAAGAGCAACUGUCUGUUCGGCCAUGUUUCUGUGUAUCAUCGCAAGCGGCCCGAGGCCAAGUGCUACAACGGUCCCAAGCUCGAUAGGUUGAGCAGCGAGAAGAAGAAUUGCGAGUGUACCCGCCAGGAUUAUGAAUGCGACUACAACUACGAACGCCAAUCAGACGGCUCCUGCGCCCUAGUCAAGGGUCUACAACCCGCAGACCCCAUGAAAAUAUGCAAGGAUGACCCCGAGGCCGUAGAAUACUUUGAACCAACCGGCUACCGGAAACUCCCAGUAAGCACCUGCGAAGGCGGCCACCAACUCGACCACAUCGUUGCCCGCCCUUGCCCAAACAAAAAGAAAGAAUUCGAGAAAAAACACCCCGGCAUCGGCGGCUUCGGCAUCUUCCUUGCUAUCUUCUUCCCCGUCACCGCAGCUACUGCAAUAGGAUACUGGGCCUUCUCCAAAUGGGACGGCAAAUUCGGCCGUAUCCGACUAGGCGAAUCACAGCCCGAAUCGCUCUUCGCAGGCAACUCCCCUCUCAUUACCAUCCCCGUCGCUAUCGUCGCUGGAACAGUGGCGGUUAUAACCGCCCUCCCACUACUCUUUUCUAGCCUCUGGCGAAGCUUCAAAGGAUAUACCCGCCUAUCCAAUCCCUGGGGACAGAGACAGAGACCAUAUGCUUCGCGAGACGCCUUUGCUGCUCGUAGGGGAGAAUAUGUUGGCGUUGUUGAUGACGAGGAUGAGCUUCUUGGUGCUGAAGAGUUUGAAGGUGAUGACGAUGAAGAAGUGUAA